AUGGCGGCGACCAUCUUACGGACUGGCGCCCCGGUGAUGUUCCCCGGCAGGGCGGUUAAAUGGGCCCAUGUUGGUGCGCUGGUUAGUGCCUCUGCGGAGCGGGAUGACCCCCCCGAGCCGCCGGUCAGGAGACCGGGGAGAGUGGCCGUCCCAUCCUGGCUCAAGCCCCAGCAAGCUCCGAGCCCAGCCAGGUUACUAUCGGUGCCGGACUGA